AUGUUGAAACCUAAAUGUGUAUUUAUACUUGAUUGUACUUCUGAACUUUUUGUUUGGAUUGGGAAAAAAGCUAGUAGAUUAUUAAAAAUGGCUGGACAGAAAAUGGCAACAGAAUUUCAUCAAAUCAUAGAAAGACCAGAAUUUUGUACAAUUUGUCGUGAAAUAGAAGGAGAGGAAUCGACAGUUUUUCGUUCAAAAUUUUCUUCUUGGGAUGAUAUUGUGCCUUUUGAUUUUACAAUGACUGCGGAUACUGUUCAGAGAAGAGGAGCUGAUAUUAAGGUGAUUAUGGAAAGAGACAAAAUGAAGACAGAUUUGGUAGCCUUAUUCCUUGACCGUUUACCAACUAUGCCACAUGAAGAAGCUGACCAAUUAAUUGAAGAUUUUAAUUUGGAUUUGGAAGUUAUUGAAUCUUUUGUUUUGGUAUUUUUUAAAUUAAAGAAAUUUUUGGUUCUUGUCCGUAACUUCUGUCCGCAAAUAUUUCAUAUGUCCGCAAGUUUUCCACAAUUCUUAGAUGUCCGCAAAUUUCAUAAAUGUCCGCAAUUUGUGUCUGUAAUUUUUAAAAUUGAACGCAUAUUUUUACAGAACCCUUUAAAAAUGUCUGCAAGAAAAAAUUGGUUCGCCAUUGACUGUGGUAUUUUCUGGAACCUUUUUGGGAACAUAUAA